AUGGUCCUCAAUCUCUUGCGCCGCGUCUGGCCGCAAACCUUCCCUGCCAAACCGACCCUGACUUCAGCCAACCUCCCUCCGCAAUCCAAUCGCGUGGUGAUCAUCACCGGCAGCACCGCCGGCAUCGGCCUGGAAUUGGCGCGCAUUCUGUACUCUGCCGGCGCCACUGUCUACAUCGCCGCCCGUAAUGAACAAAAAGCCCAGGCCACCAUCCAAGCCCUCACAGCAGAAGACCCCACUGCUUCCGGCAAACUGAUCUUUCUGCCCCUUGAUCUCUCGGAUCUCACCACAAUCGGUCCCUUUGUGACCCAAUUUCUCGAGCGUGAAUCACGCCUCGACCUUCUCUUCAACAACGCCGGUGUCGCAUUGCAGCCCCUGACGCAGCGCACCGCCCAGAACCUCGAGCCGCAGCUCGGUAUCAACUGUGCGGCGCCCUAUCUCCUCACCACUCUGCUGUCAGAUGUCCUCACCCGCACGGCCGCCCAUGCACCCCCGGAUAGCGUGCGGGUGAUCUGGUCGAGCAGCAUGAUCGUCGAAACCCUGGCGCCGCGCGGCGGCGUGCCCGCCAAGGAACUCGAUCACCCUUCAAGCAACGUGUAUCGCAACUACGCGAUCAGCAAAACGGGCAACUGGUUCCUGGCGGAUCGGUUUGCCAAGAAGUUCGCUGCUGCAGCCGGCAAAGAAGAAAAGGCUGUGGUUAGCGUCACGGUCAACCCGGCCAACGCGUACACCGGCAUUUAUGACGACGCGCCCAAGCUGGUGGUGUGGAUGUGCAAGCCCAUCUUCUACACGGCCCGGGAGGGGGCCAACUCGCUGCUGUGGGCGGGUUGUAGUUCAGAGGUCACGGCUGCGGAUAGCGGCAGGUAUAUUAUUCCGUUUGGCCGGUGGCAUCCCUGUCCCCGUGGGGAUCUGAUUGAGGAAAUGAACAAGGGCGAGGAGGGCAAUGCGGUAGGAUUGGAGAAGUGGUGUGAGCGUGUAACAGCAGAUUUCCGGUAA